AGUUGAAACGUGUCCUUCGGAAAGUUGAGAUAGGGUGACGAAUCUCUGCGAUCACAGCGGUUAUUUAAAAGAACUAUGUCCAGUUACGAGAAUCCUUACUACCAAGGUAAUAAUUCAUUCUAUCAGGAUGGUUUCUACGCGACGAAUUACGAUCAAAACACGUCAGUGCCGUAUGAAAAUUACGGCCCUCAAAAUGGCGGAGGGAAUUCGAACGGUGGAUUUUACAACAACUAUUACAAUGGAAGCAAUCAGUUUCAAUCGCCUUACACGGGGAACAUGAAUCAAGGAAUUACGCAAGUCGAUGAAGCCCAUGGCACAGAUUUUGGCGAUGAACCGCCAUUACUCGAAGAGUUAGGGAUCAACUUUGAACAUAUUUGGCAGAAGACACUUUCAGUUUUGAAUCCGUUUAAAACGACUGAUUCGCAUAUUAUGGAUGACACGGAUCUCACAGGACCUCUACUGUUUUGUCUGGCAUUUGGAGGUUUCCUGCUACUCCAUGGUAAAGUUCAGUUUGGUUAUAUCUACGGUUUCAGUGCGCUGGGAUGUGGGGCCAUGUAUAUUGUUCUUAAUUUGAUGAGUCUCACUGGAGUGUCCGUUGGAUGUGUUAUAAGUGUCCUUGGUUACUGUCUACUACCCAUGGUGGGACUGUCUGGUGUGUCACUGGUUAUGUCACUUCAAGGAUAUCUCGGAUCAAUUCUCACAGCAGUUGUAAUUGGUUGGUGUAGCUUGUCAUCAUCAAAACUAUUUGUAACAGCACUUGCAAUGGAUUCUCAACAGCCUUUGGUGGCAUAUCCUUGUGCCCUAGUGUAUGGAAUUUUUGCACUGCUGACUGUGUUUUGAGUCUGUUCAAGAAAAUCUUUCUGAUUGUAAUUAUAAAGUUAUAAAACUCCAUAUGGUUUAUGCCUCCCUCCCCCCCCUCUGCCAAUGGAACAAAAAAAUAUCUGAGUUGGAUACCAGGCAAUUUUUUCAAGGAGGAAACUUGAUUCAGUCUUCUACAUCCAAAUCGACUUGUAGACAAGUGUCAAGAUAUGUAGUGAAUUAUAACACUUCAGCUCACAACUCCAGAAAGUAAAUUCUCUAAACUGUGGACCUUGCACUUCUCUGUUGGCUAAUUGUGCCAAUUUUGAGUUCAGGAACAUAUCUACGCAGGCAUAUUCUAGGAAUUCACCUUGUUUUUUCCAAAUCUGUUUACCUGUCUAUUGUAUUAAAUUUGAAAGGUUUAUUCAUUGUCUUCAGACAAAAGAAGCUCAUGGAGAAAAUGUUGUCAUUUUUACAUGAGAACAGUUGUUGACUGUCAGGUUCAAGGGGGUUCUUGAAUUCAAAUUAUAUUGUCUCUUUGGACUGUUAGAGCAAAAACUGUAGUUUGUGAAUGCAUUUUCGCAGCAUCUUACAAUUAUUAGCAAUUUAUUCAUUAGGGUAUCAAGUUUGUCCAAUUGAUUUAAGUAUUUAUGCAUUUUGCCUACAUUUUCUUUUAUUAAGCUAUUUAUGAAAACUAAAUCUAAAAAUAUCUUCAAAGUCCUACCAAAGGGGAUUAAAUAAUUUACAUCUGGCAAGAAGAAUGCUGUCUACAAUGCCUAGGUCUAACAUUCCCAUUCCAUGCACUACACUUUAAUUGUUAGCAAUCAAAUGUAGUAGCCAGAGAAUCAAUUGUUGUUUAAAGAGCAUCUUUGCAGCUUCUCUUACUAAGUUUAAUUUGAUUUUAUUUCUUCUUUUGGUAAAUUUCCAUUGAAAGAGCUGCACUAACAACCUAGGAUGUUGCAC